ACUUUCAAGGAAUGGAAAAAUUUCGAGUUAACGUUAUUCUUGUUUGGCUUUUAGCUGUUUAUACUUGCUGCGCAUUUGGAACAGCGCCAUUGAGGUUGCUUCAAAAACAAUAUCCUUCUCCGUCAUUAGUGCAAGGUAUUUUACAGAUUUAUCACGAUGGUCAAUGGGGAACAAUAUGUGAUGACAACUGGGACAUGACUGACACAAACAUCGCAUGUAAACAGCUUGGAUAUGGAAGUGCAGUGAAUUACAAGCACUUGGGAGAAGGACCUGAUCCAAUUUGGCUUGAUGGUGUGAAUUGUAAUGGUGGUGAAUCGUCACUAGAUCAGUGCCAACACGAAGGAUGGGGUAAACAUGACUGCUCCCACAGUGAGGAUGUUGGUAUCGUGUGUAAAUACACAACACCGCCGCUGAGGUUACUCGGUAAACUCUCCACCCCGUCUGUAGUUCAAGGUAUUUUACAGAUUUAUUUCAAACAUCAAUGGGGAACAAUAUGUGAUGACUACUGGGACAUGACUAACACAAACAUCACAUGUAAACAACUUGGCUACGAGAGGGCAGUGAGGUUCAUGCACUUAGGACGAGGAUCUGAUCCAAUUUGGCUGGAUGAAGUACAAUGUAAUGGCAAUGAAUCGACACUAGAUAAGUGUCCACACAAAGCAUUGGGUGUCCAUAACUGCGACCAUAGUGAGGAUGUCGGUAUCGUGUGCUAUACAGGUCCUCCAGUCAAAGUUCGACUGAUUGGUGAUGUGCCUAAUGCUGGUCGAGUACAAUUGUUGUACAAAGGUGUCUGGAAAAACCUCUGUCAAGGUUAUUGGAGUUCAAAUCCUGCCAAAGUCAUUUGCCGAAUGGCUGGUUAUCCUGAUGGUUAUGCUGUAAGAAUGCAUCAGUAUAAAGGAUCUAACGAUGUUUGGCUGUCCAGUUAUAGUUGUAAUGGCUUUGAACCAUACAUUGAAUUAUGCUUGGACCUUAUCUGGGGAAAAGCGACUUGUUCAGAUAACAACCUAGCUGGUGUUGUCUGUAAAUCAGGAUCACCUAAUGUUUCAUAUCGACUUAUUGGAUCAGUACCUCAUGCAGGAAGACUGGAAAUGCGCUACUAUGGUUCAUGGAUGCCAGUAUAUUCUCAAAAUGGUCUGGGGUUAAAUGAUGCUCAUGUAAUAUGUCGUAUGAUGGGGUACAAUCAAGCUAUUAUUGCCUUCAUAAACAUCCAAGAAAGGAGAAGCAGCUAUGAAGUUGACAUGAGCUGUCGGGGUUUUGAGAAUACAACGGAACAGUGUGGAAACUCCGUCAGCACCUCAAAUAAUCAGAGACGGGAAACUACCUGGAUUGUUUGCAAACCACAUACAGAAUCUAGAUUUGCUGUUCGUUUCAUGGACGGUAUGUCUUUGAACGAAGGCCGCGUGGAAAUUGGUUCUUCAGGGGUCUGGGGCUCACUUAAUGAAAGGUAUCGACACCGGAGACGCUUCAGGCGAUGGGGCUUGACAGCUGCUAACAUAGUUUGUCACAGUAUUUGA